UUAGAGGCGGUAAUUCGUAGAGCGUAUAUUUGGCUGAAUGUCGCCAAUGCUUAUCGGCGAUUUUCUUAUUCCCUAUUCAUCUCUGGUGUGCCAAGUGAUUUCAUCAUUAUCGUGAUUCAUUUGUGUCCGAUUCCAUUAUUAUCAUAUUUGAUAUAUUUCUACAAUCAGCGGAGGGAAUAAAUGUGCCCUUCAAGAAGUACUAGCCGAGCCGCGCGAAGGCUACAUAAGGUUAUGAAUAUUUAGCAUUUCGAAAAGACCAGAUCAGUGUGAUACUGAAAACAUCAAAAGUGAUUAGGCACUAUUCGCCGCAAAAAUGACAGUUAUGGAUUUUUUUGGUUGUGCCUUUUUGGCUUUCGGUCCACCGUUGGCUAUGUUUACAUUUACUGUCGCAGCUGAACCUAUUAGAAUCAUCAUACUAAUAGCCAGUGCCUUCUUUUGGUUAAUUUCUUUAUUGUUGUCAUCGGUGCUUUGGUAUGCUGUGGUGCCACUACAAAAUCACCUCGCAUUUGGACUUGUAUUUUCUGUAUUAUUCCAAGAAGCAUUCAGGUAUCUCUUAUACUGGGUACUAAGAAAAGCCGAAAGAGGGCUAGAUAAAGUAACAACAACACAUGUAGCAGAUAGCAGACACGUGUUUGCAUAUGUAUGUGGUUUAGGUUUUGGUUUUAUGAGUGGUGUUUUUGCACUAGUCAAUGUCCUGGCAGAUGCUGUUGGACCUGGAACAAUGGGACUUCGACAAGGCACAGAGUACUUUUUUAUAAUAUCAGCAGCCACAACUCUUUGCUUUAUCUUAUUACAUACAUUUUGGGGCGUUGUAUUUUUUUCUGCUCUUGACAGAAAAAAUUGGGGUCAAGUUAUUUGGGUUGUUGGCUCACACUUGUUUGUGUCAUGUAUGACCCUAUUAAAUGUAUAUCAAGCUUACGUAGCUACCACUUUAUCCGCUUAUGUUGUUUUGAUUAUAACAACUGCACUUGCGUUCAAAGUUGCUGGUGGCAGACCCCAAAGUAUAGUUCAGUGUUUUUCAAGACAGUAAAAGAGAGAACUUUUAUAAGAAAGUUAAAAUACAAGUAGUUGUGUUUGACCCGAAUGAACAUCACAGAAUGAUGAAAAUUUUUUCCUUAGCCAUUCGACUGCAAGGAGAUUAUUCAUUGCUCUGAUAUACACUGUGUGUAAAAAAGAUAUGAUGUUAAAUUAACAAACCAUAUCUUUGGUAUUACUAAACAAGCCUAUAAUGAUUAGGAAUAUAUUCGUACAGAUCCAAUACAUGUUAGACCUUACUUGAACUUUUACACUUGACCAAAAUGGACAUCUGUUAAGUGUACCAGUAUUAUUUAUCUUUCAAAUGUAAUAUUUUUCCGCAAAAAUUUAAAUGGUAAUACGUUCUAGCACAGAAUUCCUUGGUCAAACUGCUAGUCCGUCCCUUAACCCAUCGAAACAAUUGUAUAACCAAGACGCGACGAUGUUUCGAUCUAAAAUCGAAUUAUAUUGAAAUGUACGAUAUUUUGUUUGUAUUGCAAAAAAAAAAAAAGAAGCAAAGUCUAAAAUAAGUAUGGAUGUACAUAUGUAAGAAUGUAUACAUAUAUAAUGUAUGUACAUGUUCUAUCAAACGGAAAGAGUAAAUUUAUGCAUCAAUCCCUGCCUUAUAUCAAAAAAUAAAACUAUUCAAAACAGGUUAUACAAAUGACGAUAAUACGUAAGGAAUUGUUCAGUAGUUUUUGUAUGUAUAUAAGAUCCAUUAAUAAUUGUAAUUUAGGUGUUCAAUAUACAUCUGUAUAUUUGGCAUUGUGUUUCACUUACCAUUUCAUGGUUUAUUACUCGAUUCAUAUUACAUUUCAUAUGUCAUUCAAAUAAAAACCAUUUUUGUACAACUAAAGGUACAUUUAAUUAUAAUCCUUGUUCUCAAUAACAAAUACCACAGGAUGAAAUAUCUCCGUUCGUUUAGGACAAGAAAGGGAAAACAACGAAUUCGAUUUUAAAAAGCAUGAAUAUUUUAAUUGGUUUUUUUAUUGAAAAAAGAGAAAUUUGGAAAAUAGAGUGAAUCACAGUCACAAAAUAUCACUCGAAUAAAUUCAUCUAUAAUUCAAAUAUACAAUAAAAAGGUGUAGAGAGUAUAUCAAACGAAAAAUAAAAUCUGUAUACGUGAUCACGUUUUUUCACCCUGUGGAACAAUUAAAUUCCUAAUCAGUCAUUGAUAGCAUCUAGGAGCUUGUUAAGGAAGCCAUAAGUAAUUCCAUUUUAUUUAAAAAAUUUUUCCCUUCCAUUUUAUCCCACCGAACUUCUUUAAAAGAACCACCUAAAUUUUCCCACUUUCUUUCUCUCACUAAUUGUCCAGGAAAGAAAUCUUUCCGAGGAGAAUGAGCUAUCGCAACUUGUACUCCCGUUUGCGGUUCACACCUAACAGCUAUCAUCCUAAAAUCCCAAUAAUUAUUUUAGAUGUAACACAUACAUAUAUACAUAGCCUUCUACUAAAACAAAAUUAAUAAAUACCUAUCGCCUAUUGGUGAAGCUAAAAUACAACUACUAGCGUUUCCUAGAGGUUCAACUGCCCCUAAACCAAGGUGUGAACUAUUGGCUAAAAACUGCCAUCCCAUACAUUUUGCUAGUGCUUGUACUGCUGUUAUUUGAUGCUGAUAGAUCUG